AUGUUCCUGUUGGAGCAGGAUUUCUUUCAAGAAGAAAUAUCUCCACAGGUUCUUGACUGGAGUCCGCACGCUUCCUUGGUUGAAAGAGAACUACGGAUUACGUUCCCGAGGUCAGACGACGGAAAAGGGGUGAGUACCUGCAAAAGUCACUCCGACGCUCAAGUCAGUGUUUGUGCAGCGUACUCUUAG